UCUCAGGAUUCUCCUGGAUCAAUUUUGGAAAGACUUCAUAUUGACGAUGCUAGUAAUGGUGGCCAAGGAAGAGAAAGAAACUUCUUAGUUUACCAAUCGAAUUUGCUCGAUGAAGUCUCGAGUCCAGUUAGAAGAGAAGUAGCUAACAGACCUUUUUUCAUGAAGGCUGUUAAACGAAUUGACAACGAUGUGGAAAAUGGACAGUUGGAGGUCAAAGAGAAGUCGAUACGUAACAAUAUGCUUGUCACUGUACACAACAAGUCAUUGCUAUCAGGAAUUGCAUACUGUAUAUCUUCAUGUAGCAUGAUAUUAGUUAAUAAAUACGUCCUUUCGAGCUAUAACUUUAAUGCAGGGAUAUCCUUGAUGCUCUAUCAGAACUUUGUCUCUGUUGUUGUGGUUUCUAUGUUGAGCUUCUUUGGUGUAAUUUCCACGGAACCACUCACGUUGAGGCUGAUCAAAGUCUGGUUACCUGUCAAUGUUAUAUUUGUCGGAAUGCUUGUCACAAGUAUGUUCAGUUUGAAGUACCUAAAUGUUGCUAUGGUCACUGUUCUGAAGAAUGUUACUAAUGUGAUUACUGCUGUUGGUGAAAUGUAUAUAUUCAACAAACACCAUGAUAGUCGAGUGUGGUCCGCUCUUUUACUGAUGAUUGUUUCAGCAGUCUCUGGAGGAAUUACAGACCUAUCUUUUCAUGCUACUGGUUAUACAUGGCAGAUUAUCAAUUGUUUCUUGACAGCAUCGUAUUCUUUGACUCUACGUCGAAUCAUGGACACUGCUAAACAAGUGACGAAAUCAGGGAACCUGGAUGAAUUCUCAAUGGUUCUGCUAAAUAAUACCCUUUCAUUGCCUUUAGGCCUUCUCCUUGUAUUAGUGUUCAAUGAAGUUGAUUGCCUCUCCACGACACCACUAUUACAAUUGCCAACAUUUUGGAUUGUGACAACAUUAAGUGGAUUUUUGGGCUUAGCUAUUAGCUUCACAUCUAUGUGGUUUCUUCAUCAAACAAGUGCAACUACAUAUAGCCUUGUGGGAUCACUAAAUAAGAUACCUCUCUCUGUUGCUGGUAUUUUCCUUUUCAAUGUCCCAACUAGUCUUGACAACACUGCCAGUAUAUUUUUUGGCCUCUUGGCUGGAGUAUUUUUUGCCCGAGCAAAAAUGCAGGAGAAAUCUCAAUCUUAAUACAAUAACAACAUACUCAGUGUAAUUCCAUAAGUGGUAGGAUCUGAAGGAGGAUGGUGUGUACGCAGCCUUAACCCCUACCUUGAGAAGAUGGAGAGAUUGUUUCCGAUGAGAAAUCUCAAUCCUAAAUUGUUGAAAACCUUUUCUUUUCGUUUCAUAGAUUAGCCUUUGAGUUGAAUUGUAAAACAUGUAUAGUCAUAACAACA